AUGAAGUACGUCCCUUCACCGCAAGCCCUGCGCUGGCUGCAGUCUCUGGCACGGAAUCCAGCUCCAAGCUUGAACCGCCUAGCGACACGUCCUCGGACAUACUCGUCCACCACCGCGACCACCCCUUUGUUCCCAGCGGCCAGCAGCAGCAGACGAUACUUCCACGCGACUCCCCGGCUCGACAAGAUCGAGACACACACCUUGUCAGACAUUGGCGAGGGCGUCAAAGAGGUGCAGAUCAUCCAGUGGUUCGUGGAAGAAGGGGCACCCAUCGAGGAAUGGAGCCCGCUGUGCGAAGUGCAGAGCGACAAGGCCUCGGUCGAGAUCACGUCCAAGUACAGCGGGGUGAUCAAGAAGAUAUAUUACCCGCAGGACGCGGUCGUGCAGGUCGGCGAUGCGAUGCUUGAUAUCGAGGUGGAAGGGGAUGAGGACGAGGGUGAAGUGCCAGAACAACUGGAUACGGAAGCGCCGUCUCAGGCGCAGGAUAACGAUCCCGGCAAGGUCGCAGCAGAGGAGCAAGUGGCAGAGGCUGGCACAGCCAUAACUCCUCCUCCUCCAAAGGAACAAGACGCAUCGACUACGACUGCUGCUACUCCCCCUCCUGCAGCGGCGCCCAAGGAGCAGCCAGGCAAAUACGCCUCCCUAGCCACUCCGGCGGUCAGGGGCCUAUUGAAGCAGCACGGCAUCGCAAUCGAAGACAUCACCGGCACGGGCAAGGACGGCCGUGUCCUGAAGGAGGAUGUGUACCGACAUCUCGAACAAAGCUCCUCCUCUUCUUCUUCGGCACAACAAGCUCCCACAGCUACCCCAUUGACGAAACCCGGACUCGACGCGAAACAGACCGAGACGGCCCAACGACUCACGCCCAUCCAAUCCGCCAUGUUCAAGACCAUGACGGGAUCGCUGUCCAUCCCGCAUUUCCUGUACGCGGACACAAUCGACAUCACGAACCUGGCGACGAUGCGCACGCGCUUGAACGCCACGAGAAGAGACCCUGCUGACACCACCGUCCCGAAACUCUCGUACCUUCCAUUCAUCGUCAAGGCCGUAUCGCUGGCGAUGAACCAGUACCCACUCCUCAACGCGCGCCUGGACUUGACCACAGACCCGAAAAAGCCGCAAUUGAAGAUGCGCUCGGUGCAUAACAUCGGGAUCGCGAUGGACACGCCCGGCGGGUUAAUCGUGCCGGUGAUCAAGGCCGUGAACGCGCGGUCCAUAACUUCCAUCGCGCGCGAGAUCCAGCGCCUCUCCCAGCUCGGACAGGCGGGGAAGCUCGGCAACGACGAUUUGAACGGUGGAACCGUCACGGUCAGCAACAUCGGAAACAUUGGCGGUGAGGUCGUCGCGCCCGUGAUUGUCGAGGGCCAGUUGGCCAUCAUGGGCGUGGGCAAGGUCAAGACCGUCCCGGUUUUCGGGGAGGAUGGGGUCACUGUUAGACCAGCGCAGAUGGUCACGCUGAGCUGGAGCGCCGAUCAUCGUGUGGUGGACGGCGCGACCAUGGCGAGGAUGGCGAAGGUGGUGCAGAAAUACCUCGAGGAGCCGGGGUCGAUGGUUGUCGAUAUGAGCUGA